UUUACCGGAGGGCUACAAUACUAAAAAUGGCUGCCGAUAUGUUCACUGUUGUAAUCCUUGCCCCUGUGGUCUGCAUAACUGUCUUGUUUUUGGCUUUUGUGAUAUUUGUUCAUUACCAACAUCGGAAAUAUGCACAUAUUCCGUCACCCCAGCGGGAAAGUUUCUUUACUGGCCAUUUGUACAAGCUGCUCUCCUACAAGAAGAGGCAUCUGUCAAUGGCAGGCGCAUUUGUAGAUAUAAUGAAAGAAUGUGGUCCGAUAUUUCAUGUCUUUCUGCUUUCCAACCCGCUUGUGGUAGUGUUAGAUGCAGAGUUUGUCAAGGAAAUCUUAUGCACCAAUACAUUGAUCCAUAGAAAGCCAUACUCAUUCUAUUGGGUUUUCAUGAAGAUAUAUGGUGCUCGACUUUUGGGUGAUAGCAUCGUUUGUGAGUUGAAUCCAGCAGUCCAUGGACCCAAGAGGGCGCUCCUCAAUCCAGCAUUUCAUAAAAGAUAUUUGGUUGAUUUGAUGCAUCAGUUUAAUGCAAGUGCAGAUCUUCUUAUUGAGAAACUCAGCCAUAAAGCUGAUGGGAAGACUGAAGUGGCCAUGUUGGAUGAAUUUAAUAGAACAACACUGGAUGUAAUUGCUAAAGUGGCGUUUGGGUUGGAUCUUCAUGUUAUGUCUGAUGAGAAAUCUCCCUUCAUUGAAGCAGUUAAUAAGUGUUUCAACGGCAUGAGCUCAUGUAUUAACUCACCAUUCAUUUCGAUCAAUCCACUUCCAGCUGCUCGUAAACACAAACAAGAAGUCCGAGAUAGCAUCAAGUUCCUGAGAGACACUGGAAGAAAAUGCAUCGAGAAAAGACUGGAAGCCAUACAAAGGGAGGAAGAUGUUCCUCAAGAUAUCUUAACAUACAUCUUAAAAUCAGUGACUGAAGCGUCUGGAAAAGAUAAAGAUCCGAUGGAGAACGUCAUAGAUGAGUUUCUCACUUUCUUUAUUGCUGGUCAAGAAACUACUUCAAACUUGUUGAGUUUCACUCUGCUAGAACUUGGUCACCAUCCAGAAGUCAUGCACAGAUUGAAAACCGAGGUAGAGUCAGUGUAUGGUGAUAAGGAUUAUUUGGAAUACAGCGAUGUAGUCAAACUCAGUUACAUGAUGCAGGUUCUUAAAGAAGUACUUCGUCUCUGGCCUCCUGUAACGGGUACUGGGAGGGAACUUGCUCAUGACGUCACAGUCAAAGGAUAUAAAAUACCCGAAGGGACUAUUGUUCUGAUGAACACGUUUGCUAUGGCAAGAAUGGAGGAGUAUUUCCACGAUCCAAUGCAGUUUGAUCCGGAUCGCUUUAAUGCCAGUGAUGACAAACCACAGUAUGCCUACUUUCCAUUCUCCUUGGGCAGUCGUAACUGCAUUGGUCAACAGUUUGCCAUUAUCGAAGCCAGGGUUCUGUUGGCCAAGUUGCUCCAUCGAUUCGACUUUGACCUUUUGCCAGGUCAAGGUCAUGAGAUUCUUGAUGAACUGACCUUGAAACCCUUGGGUCGAUGUAAGAACUAUGUCCGACCUGUGGAGUAGGGACUCACAUUCUAAGUCUCCAUUGGUUAGGAAAGAAAACAUUUACCUGAGAAAUUAAUGAAUGGCUUUAGGCCAACUCGAUGUAAAUUUAAAAUAAUGCUCAAAACUUUCUCAAACUUAGUGAAUCAGUGAUAGUGAUUUUGUGUAUUUGGUUGACCUCUUGUACAUACAUGUAAUUGUUAUAGUCAUGCAUAACUUGAUACAACCAAUUCAGGGUUGAACAAACACAAAUUUAUGGUGGCUGGAUUUGAACCUAUGACCUCCGGAUUGCAUGCAUAUUCAAAAACUACAGAACAAUCGUUGUGCAGGAUGAAACUCUGCUCCAAAUCCUAUACUUAAUUCAAAUUUCAAAAUUAGUUAAGACUGAAACAGACUUUAUAAUGGCCUGAAAUUUAAAUAUUGGAAAGUGCAAAGUGUUUACCAUUUUGUUUCUUGUGGUGUUGGGAUGUUUGUUACUUUUAGUUGUUUUUGGUGGGUCAAAUUGUUGUGUAUGUUCAAAAGGAUAGCUUAGUUUUAUCUUAUAAAAUACAUUUAAUAUUUGAUAUAAAUCUAUAGUUUGAAAACGGUUUUAGUUUUAAGUACAUACAAUAUAGAUUUGCAAUGUGUAAAGUAUCGAAACAAUUUAGAAUAGAGCAGUAUUUUUGAUAUGAAUUUAAACCUGGCCAAAGAGUUGAAAAAAAACCAAAUAUUAUACACCCACAUUUAAGGUAACUUUCUCCAAAACGGCUACAAAGUUGAGUCAUUAUUCAGGAUAGCUUGGCUCAUUUAUGUCAACCAUUGUGCUUUCCACAAAAGAAAUAUUUCAAUAAAUUCUCAAAUAAAUUUCUAAAUCUUCACUGCACAGUCAGUUUCUCAAAAUGUUUAUUUAUCUCUAAUUCGGGUUUAAAUCCUUGUUCAGAAAUAAAGCACAUCUCAAUAUAUACAUAUAGUCUAUCAUUUUUCAUAUAUAUGUACAAACUAAAAACAACACAGUAUCAGUGGCGGUCAAUUGUUCAAAUUGAACCAUUUGUCAUUUUGCAAGUAUCUCUUUCACCCAGAAAUCAAAUAAUAUGCUUACAGCUGUUCCAACACAAUACAUUAAGAUGUAUGUACAGUAUCACUAGUGAUUACAAAACAAUAUAUGCAACAAUAUUUUACAGCAAAAUCAAAUUAGAAUGCAAGAUGAAAAUCUUGUUUGAUAAACUUGUAAAGGUGUGUGGAGAUGCCAAUUGUAGUCGGUUCGACUCUAAUAACAAUAAGUGCCGCAAGUAGCCGUUUUUUUCUGUAAUCUUCCACAAGUGAAAGAUUUUUGUUAAGCUUUUAAAAUUAAAACCUGAAAAUCUAAAACAUUAUCAAGCUGUGAUACUAUCUGUGUAUAUUUUGGUUCAUCAUAUAACUAUAUCUAACCUCCUUGCUCAAGUGACUGGGACAUUAUCUUCUGUAUUCUUUGUUGAACGAUUGACCGGAUGUGUACAGAUCGGUUUGAACAACUUGCUUUAUUGAGACACUUAGUGUCAGUAAAGUAAUUGUGUAACAAAAUAUAUAUCAAUUGCAUAUAAUUUGUGACUAAGUAAGCACAAAAAAUUGCUGUGCACGCCAAGCAGUGUUUAUACACUAGAAUAAGGUGGACAAUUUCAUACAGCUGCUUAAGCAGAAAAAGGUAGCUUAGCACAACAAAAAUCUGCUUACCAGAGUUGGGUUGCCAGCCAAAACACAAUGUAACAUGUAGCAUAUUUGACUGGUAUCUUGUUUAUUUUUGCUCAGAAAAUCAUUUUUAAGCAGUAUUGUUUACUCAAGCAGCUCUCUGAAAUUGGGCCCACUUUUAAUUUCUGCUUAAAUAAAGCAACUCUGUGAAUUUUGGCCAUGAGCUCUAAAACCAAAAGCUUAUGAAUUCUAAAUAAAUAAUGACAGUGCGUUAAGACUCAUCUUGUAUUUUUUUUCAGACUUUCUGUAAUUGGCAACUAGUUUUCAAGAUCAAUAAAAUGAUCUUCAUAACCAGCAAGGGCUAGUUCUAUGGUCUU